CAUAUCACAGCUGCGUCAUGUCCGUGGAGUUCUAUAUAACCGCCAGACGCUUUACGUCGUCCCAUCCACUCGUACAUCUAACGGUGAGAGUUACUUGUCUUGGUGUUCUUGCUCAACUACCCUGGUAAAACAAUCAUGAAGGCGUUUAUCGUGAUCGCUCUGCUGUGCCUCGGAGGUGCCCAGGCGGGUCUCCUGGACGAUCUGGCCGCCGCCACCACUGCCGCCCUGGACGGCAUCCUCACCACCGCCCAAACCGCCGCACAAGAACUGUUGGACACCUACGUGCCCGUCCUCGGCCAGACCGCCCAACAGCUGGUGGGAGAAGCGGUUCAAAGUCUGGGAGAUUCUCUGACCGGUCUCGUCAGCGGCAAGAGGAAGCGCCAGGAGUUCCAGACCGAGAUCGGCCAGAUCAUCCACGAUGGCGUCCAGGGUCUUCUGGAGCACACCACCCAGGCCAUCCAGAACGUCCAGGACGCUCUCACCGGCACUAUCGACUCCCUGUUCGGGACCACCACCACCGACCCGGCUCAGGCUAUCACCACCACUAAGCGUCUUCUGAAGAAGAACAACCUGAAGGCCAAGAGCAAGAUCGCCAUGACCGGCCAGAAGAUGAAGGCUGUUGUUGCCAAGAAGAUGUCCCGUGGCUUCUUCGACGACCUUGCUGCCGGUGUGUCCACCAUCUUCCAGCCCGUCAUCGACCAGGCUUCCCUGGCUUUCAACCAGCUCGUUGAUGCCGCCACCGCUGUCGGUGCCCAGGUGAUCGACCACGGCACAGCUUUCCUCGACAACGUCAGCACCACCGUCAGCCAGACUAUCGACUCCCUGACUGGUGUCACCCAGCCCUACAUCGAUGACGCCAACACCAUCAUCGACUCUGUCUCCAACCACUUCAGCGAGACCUUCGGCGCCGACACCACCGCCUAAACACGCAGAGAAUGUUCCUACCGACUGAAUUACAUCUAAGACACUGCUGCUUAGCCGCAAACUCAAUGGUGUUUUUGUAGGUCAAGGACAUUUCUUUCGCCGUCAUCGGAAAUAAAGUAAAUGUAAGGGUACCUCGGA